AUGCGCGCUUCCAACAUUGCGGCUUGGGCCGCGACUCUGUUCGCCGGCGCUAAUGCCGCCUGCUCCGGUCCUUUGGUCAUCGACAACUUCUCCAAUUGGUCUUCCAACCAGAACAGCCUGAACUCGUGGACUAGCGAUGAUUCGUCGAUGACCGAGAUCAGCGCCGCAAAUGGCAAGCUCUCUUUCAAGCCCGGUGCCGAUGGUUACUUUUAUGAGACGUUUGAAUGCCAGGCUGCCUCUACCAACGGCUACAACGCCAUCAACUUCCCGGUCAAGGGUCCUUCCGGUGGAUCCUUCGCUUUGGAAAUCCAAACCAAGACUGCCUGCUCUGCUUCUUCCUACACCAGCUACUACUAUACCGUCUCGGGCUUGACCGGUUCCACCCAGACCAUCAACAUUCCGUUGACCUCCUUCACCGGUGCAAAUGCCGAUGCCGUCACCGCUUUCGUCUGGAGCGGCUUCUCCAGCACCGACACAACUUGGGAAAUCGGUCAGAUCCAGUUCGGCUGCAGCGGUGCCUCUGCAACCACUUCCAAGCCCGCCAACUCGGCCACCACCACCCUGAUCUCGAGCAGCGCACCUACUGCCACCGGCGAAUGCAAGGCCCUCCUCAUCGAUGACUGGGUCUCUCAGUCGCGUCUGACUUUCCUUUACUACAAUGCCAUGCUCGAGCCCAGCUCCGAUGACGGCACCAUGUCCUCCAUCGUCGUCAACCCGAGUACGAACAGAGUCACCUACACCCCCAAGGAUACCAGCAGCUACUUCUACAGCCAGACUGGCUGCACUAACGCUCAGAACACCUACGGUGGAAUCUCCAUGCGCAUGAAGGCCGAUGCCGGCACCACGCUGUCGGUCGAGCUCGACUCUGUCUCUACCUGCGGCGGUGAAUCUACCAAGCUGAUCACCGUGACCAGCAACGACCUCGGCUGGACCUUUGAUGGCACUGAGAAGCUGUACAGCAUUCCAUUCUCCAAGUUCAGUGGACUCGACACGUCCAAGAUCUCCACCAUUCUUUUCGCCCAGAUGACCAAGGCUGUUACGUUCGGUCCCAUGGCCUUCUACUGCGGCAACACUGCAAGCGAAUACAUUCCGUCUACCACGUCCGCUCCCGCUGGCCCGACCUCGACCGUUCCCGCUCCUUCGAGCACUGCUUCCGCGCUUGUCAUUGACCAGUUCGGUAACCAGAACAGCAACGCCCUUGGCAACUGGCACGGUGCUGAUGAUGGCAUGACUCUGACCUGGGGUUCCAACAAGCUGACCAUCGUGUCCGACGAUGCCGACUACGCUUUCUACACUCAAGUCUCAGGCACCUGCCGCGACAUGACCUCGUAUGACGGCAGCUACCUUCACAUCGCCUACACCGGCUCCAACGCCUUCACCGUCGCUCUGCAGCAGCACAACUCGGCGUGCGACGAGACCAUCGCCCCCUACCCGGAGACGUGGGACUCGAUCGAGGCGGCCCGCUACGCCACCGACACGGACAUUUACAUCCCGAUCAACCACUUCAACAUCAACAAGGAGCGCGUCAUCGGCGUCGCGCUCAAGGGCUUCUACAAGGCCGACCCGGUCACGCUCAGCAAGAUCGAAAUCGUCAGCGCCAUCCCCUCGGGCUUCACCAUCCCGAGCAAGCUCCCCUCGGGCAACCUCAUCUUCGCCUGCAAGCGGCCCAACAGCUUCGCCUUCGCCAUCGACGACGGCUCCCCCGAAUACGCCCAGGAGGUCCUCAAGAUCAUCAAGGAAGAAGACAUCAAGGUCACCUUCUUCACCGUCGGCGCGCCGCUCCUCGACCCCAGCACCAACCUCUCCAACGUCUACAAUGAGAUGAUGGCCGCGGGCCACCAGAUCGCCCUCCACACGUACACGCACCCCAAGAUGGAGGGCCUCCCCGACUACGAGGCCAUCGACUGGGAGUACAACCAGGACAUCGCCGCCGUCGACCAGACGCUGCAAGGGCUGCACACGUCGUACUUCCGCCCGCCCUUCGGCAACGAGGGUGCGCGCAUGCGUCAGCGUCUGGCCGUCGCGACGGGCGACGAUAGCCCGUAUAUCGUCAACUGGAGCGUUGAUGUCGAGGAUUGGCUGUGGGCGGAGACGAGCACGCCCGAGAAGCAGCUCGAUGCGUUCAAGCGCGAUGUCGAGAAGGGCGGCAACUUGGUCGUUAUGCAUUAUUUGUAUAACAGCACGGUUAGCUAUCUGCGCGAGUUCAUCCAGAUUGCGAAGGGCACGGGCAAGCAGCUUAUGCGGGUGGAUCAGUGCAUGGAGGAUCCUAAUGCGCCGGCGUUGUGA